CCGAAUUGUCAGUCUUGCCGCGGCAGCGCUAGUCCUCAGCAGCUUCGCCAUUCGCCUCUCUCCCAUUUGAAACCAUGAAGUGCGUCCGUCGUAAUGACAGUGUAGGCCCAAAUUGCUCCCAAUCUUCCAAUAAUGGAGCCUAAAGCCGCCGCCACUCUCCAGUUCAACGCGAGCAGAGCCCACAAAAUGGACGACGUGAAGGCAAGCGCCGUCCCGAAGCGCCUCAAGACGGACCCCGAAGACCGCCACUGUGAUACCGAUGCUAAAGAAGCGAACCAAAGAGCGCCCUCGCCGAGCUUCCGGCGCGAGAACAGCACGAGGUCUCUGAGGUCGGCCUACGUCGGUGAGAUGACCUUCGCGAAGACUAGCAGCGAGUCUGGCAGCCACCUCUCGAAGCCGCUGUCCGACGCGGCGUCGGUGCGCUCUUGGGCCUCUGUGGGCAUGGGCUCCACCGACGGCAAGAAGAUGAUCGUGAGGAGGGUGCCCACGUCGCCCGUUGAACUCUUCAACAUCGUCAAUCCGCCGACGCCCCCCGAAGAAUAUUUAUACGACGGCGAGAGUGACGACGGCAGUGGCGAUGACGAAGACAGCGUCUAUAUUAAACCACGAAGACAAACAUGGUCCAACAAACUCCAAUUCGUGUUGGCUUGUGUGGGCUACAGCGUCGGUUUAGGAUCAGUCUGGAGGUUUCCGUAUUUAUGUUACAAAAGUGGUGGAGGUGUAUUUCUCAUCCCUUACGCGAUUAUAAUGAUAGUCUGUGGCGUCCCCAUGCUGUACAUGGAACUAAGCGUGGGUCAAUACACCGGUCGUGGCCCCAUCGGCGCUCUGGGCCACUUGUGCCCCCUUCUAAAAGGAACCGGUCUAGGUAGCGUAGUUAUUUCAUUUCUCAUGUCAACUUACUACAGUGUGAUAAUAGCGUACGGAAUUUACUAUUUCUUCACUUCGUUCAAAGCGAAACAGCCGUGGGAAGACUGCUCCCAUCGUUGGAACACGGACGAGUGUUGGGUGCCCGGCAAAUCCUCCCCCAACGUCGCCAAGCCCAACGACAGCCAAACCCCCGCUGAACAAUUCUACGACAAAAAGGUUCUCCAAAUCGGCGACGGCAUCGAAGAUUUUGAUAGUCUGCGAUGGGAACUCGUCGCGUGCCUCCUCUGUGCGUGGGUGAUGGUCUAUUUCGCAAUAUGGAAAAGUAUUAAAUCUUCGGCUAAAGUCCGGUAUUUCACCGCCACUUUGCCCUUUCUCCUCAUCAUUGUUUUCCUCGCAAAGAGUUUAACUCUGGAGGGAGCUGACAAGGGCAUGCGGUAUUUUUUCAAGCCCAAAUUUCAUCUACUACUCGAUGCCAAAGUGUGGGUCAAUGCUGCCGCUCAAACGUUCAAUUCCAUGGGUAUUGCCUUUGGUUCCAUGAUCUCGUUCGCUAGCUACAGCAAAUACAACAAUAACAUCCUACACGAUACUCUAGCCGUUUCGUUCGUAAAUGCCAUAACGAGUCUUUUAGUCGGAAUUUUUGCCUUUGCUACCAUUGGAAAUAUAGCCUCGGAGCAGGGAACGUCAAUCGAAGCCGUCAUCGAUGAUGGUCCAGGAUUAAUCUUCGUGGUGUAUCCUCAAGCCAUGGCGAAAAUGCCAGCAGCACAACUCUGGGCCGUUCUCUUCUUCUUCAUGUUGAUUUGUCUGGCUUUAAACAGCCAAUUUGCUAUUGUUGAAGUCGUGGUGACUUCCAUUCAAGAUGGAUUCCCAACAUGGAUCAAAAAACACCUGAUGUGCCAUGAGGUCCUGGUCUUAAUCAUUUGCGUGGUUUCACUCAUUUGUGGACUACCAAACGUCACGCAGGGCGGAAUUUAUUUCUUCCAGCUGAUAGAUCAUUACGCUGCUUCGAUUUCCAUAAUGUAUCUAGCAUUCUUCGAAGUGAUUGCAAUUGCGUGGUUUUACGGAGUGACAAGAUUGAGUAAAAACGUGAAGACAAUGACUGGCCGCCAACCAAGUUUUUACUUCAAAUUCUGUUGGCUGAUAGCAACCCCUCUUAUGAUUUUCUCCGUUUGGGUCUUCUGCAUGAUCGAUUACGAAUCACCGACUUACAACAAUGGAGAAUAUCAUUACCCAAUUUGGGCUAUAGUGAUUGGUUGGAUAAUCUCCGCCUUGUCGAUUUUAUGCAUUCCUAUAUACAUGGUGUAUGUGUUUGUGAACUCUCCGGGCAAUACGUUCAUGGAGAAAUUGAAAAGUAGUUUAAAAUCGGACCUCUUCGACAAGUGCCCAAAAUGCGAGGAAUUCGACUGCGAAUGCAUGGUGAAGGAAGGCGAAAUCGAGCCGAUGUUGGUGAUGCACAAACCGGAUUCGAAAGACUCCAACUCCACAACAGUACCUUUCUACAUUCCCCUGAGUCGCGUGCCCACUGUACACAAAUUCGAUUUGGAGAAAGUCGCCGUGCAAAAACCCCUUUUUUUGAAUAUCGACAAAGUCCAGCGUCACAAACUGGACAAUUCGAAAGAAGAUGUUCUUAAAAAUAGUGUUCAAAACGGGACUAUCCCUGAAGAAGACAGAUUUCAGUCCGACGAUCCAGCGUCCGAUAGUACAAAUACUGAAGCUCAUCAAGAAAAAGAUUAUUCGUCUCAUUCUAACAUACACCUCGCGACGGCUGAUGCAACGAAUCAGUGUGAGAAAAAAGAUGAGGAAGUGCAAGUGAAUGAAAAUGAAUGUGAUGGCGCCAAAGAGUAGUCGUUUCGUGUGACCAAUGAACAUUCCCUUAAUUAAGCUCAUUUUGAUUAGUUUAGUUACAAAUUCAUUAUAAAUGAAACAAUUGUGAUAUAGAUAGAGUUUUAACUUAAAUUGGACCUAAAUACGUAAUGUAUCAAAUUUUAGACAAUAAAUCAGCAAUUACGA